GGCGAUCAUGUGUGGCUGGAAACUCAGUCAAGCAGUGAAUUUAAUGUCCCUAUUGGGGCAGUUGUGAAGGACUCUGACUCAGGACGGAUCUUGCUGGAGGAUGACGAAGGCAAGGAGCACUGGAUCACAGCAAGGAACAUGCACAUGGUGCGCCCAAUGCACCCCUCCUCUGUCCAAGGGGUGGAGGACAUGAUCCGCCUUGGGGACCUCCACGAGGCAGGCAUGGUGCACAACCUCCUCAUCCGCCACCAGGAGCACAAGAUCUAUACUUACACAGGGUCCAUCUUGGUAGCAGUGAAUCCAUACCAGCUGCUGCCCCUCUACACAGUCGAUCAGAUCCAGCUGUACUGCAACAAGAGGAUUGGAGAGCUGCCACCUCAUGUCUUCGCCAUUGCAGACAACUGCUAUUUCAAUAUGAAGAGGAAUAAGAAAGACCAGUGCUGUGUGAUCAGUGGAGAAUCUGGAGCUGGAAAAACCGAAAGCACAAAGUUAAUAUUACAGUUUUUGGCAGCUAUCAGUGGGCAGCAUUCCUGGAUAGAGCAGCAAAUUCUAGAGGCCAACCCCAUUCUGGAAGCUUUUGGAAAUGCCAAGACAAUUCGGAAUGACAAUUCCAGCCGCUUUGGGAAAUACAUUGAUAUCCACUUCAACCAAAAUGGUGUGAUAGAAGGAGCCCGAAUAGAACAGUUUCUUCUGGAGAAGUCCCGGGUUUGCCGGCAGGCUCGAGAGGAGAGGAACUAUCAUAUCUUCUACUGCAUGCUCAUGGGCAUGAAUAUGGAGCAGAAGAAGAUGUUGAAUUUGGGCACUGCUUCAGAGUACACUUAUCUCACUAUGGGCGACUGCACGUCCUGCGACGGCCGGAGUGACGCCAAGGAGUACGCGCACAUCCGCUCCGCCAUGAAGAUCCUCAUGUUCUCAGACUCGGAGCACUGGGACAUCAGCAAACUGCUGGCUGCUAUUCUGCAUCUGGGGAACGUGGAGUUUGAAGCGGCAGUGUACGAUAACUUGGACUGCUCCGAUGUCAUGGACUCACCACACUUUUCGAUUGCAACCAAAUUGCUUGAGGUAGACUCCAGUGAACUCCAGAACAGCCUUACAAGCCACUCCAUCAUCAUCCGAGGAGAAAGCGUGUCCAGGCCCCUGAGCAUAGUUCAAGCCGCGGAUGGAAGGGACGCCUUCGUGAAGGGUAUAUACGGAAGGAUUUUCCUGUGGAUAGUGAACAAGAUCAACUCAGCUAUUUUCAACCCAACUUCUCAGAACCCUAAAAAAACACGACAUUCCAUUGGGCUGUUGGACAUCUUUGGGUUUGAAAACUUUGACAACAACAGCUUCGAGCAGCUCUGCAUUAACAUUGCCAAUGAACACCUUCAGCAGUUCUUCGUGCGCCACGUCUUCAAGCUGGAGCAAGAGGAAUACCUUGCGGAGCACAUCUCCUGGAAUAACAUUGACUUCACUGAUAACCACCAGGCUCUGGAAAUCAUUGCGCUCAAGCCCAUGAACAUCAUCUCCCUCAUUGAUGAAGAGAGCAAGUUCCCAAAGGGCACAGAUGCCACCAUGCUUGUCAAAAUCAAUUCCCUGCAUGGCAAAAGCAACGUAUACAUCCCACCCAGGAGUGUCCAUGACACCAAGUUUGGCAUCAACCACUUUGCUGGGGUUGUCUUUUAUCAGUCAAAAGAUUUCCUGGAGAAAAAUCGGGACACACUGAGUGCUAAUGUAAUGCAGGUGGUCCAUUCUUCCAAAAACAAAUUCCUGAGACAGAUUUUCCAGGUAGAAACGACCCCACCUACUCUCGGCCGUGGGACCAUUCGGCGUCUUGGAGGUGACCAGUCCUACAAGGGCUCGGAUACCACCAAGCGACUCUCUACUCUGGGGGGACAGUUCAAGCAAUCCUUGGAAAAGCUGAUGAAAAUCCUUGGUCAGUGUCAGCCAUACUUCAUCCGCUGCAUCAAACCAAAUGACUUCAAGAAACCACUGCUAUUCGACCGAGAGCUGUGUAUCCAGCAGCUGCGCUAUUCCGGGAUGAUGGAGACCAUUCGGAUCAGGAAAGCUGGCUACCCAGUUCGCUACAGCUUUGAGGAGUUCUUUGAGAGAUACAGAGUUCUCCUGCCAGGCUCUGCUCGAGAACAGCUGAAGAAUGAUGCUCGCAAGUGCUGCAUCAGCAUCUCCGAAGCGGUGCUGGGCAAGGAUGAAGGCUGGCAAGUUGGAAAAAACAAGAUUUUCCUUAAAGAUUAUCAUGAUACAGUACUAGAGCUGCAACGACACAAGGUACUCACAGAUAAGGUGCUUCUUAUCCAGAAGGUGAUGAGAGGAGUCAAGGACAGGAAGCUGUUUCUGAAACAGAGGAAAUCUGCUAUAGCCAUUCAGACAGCCUGGCGAGGCUACUGCUGCCGGAAGGAUUUCAGAAUGAUUCUGCUGGGCUUUGGGCGCCUGCAGGCCCUCAUCCGGAGCCGGCAGCUUGCGAAACAGUACGAAACAGCCCGAGCUGCUGUCGUCAGGUUUCAGGCCUUGUGCCGUGGAUAUCUGAUGCGUAAAAAGAUUGCAGAGCAGAAGAAAGCUGCAUGUGUCAUACAAGCGUAUGCAAGGGGCAUGUUCGCUCGCCAGAGUUACCAGAGGAUGAAGAGAGAGUACCAGGGCAAGCUGGAAGCCAGGAAUAUCCGCUUGGAAGAGGAGAAACGUCUCAUCCAAGUCCUCGGGCCAGUGAAAGCAAGAGAAGAAGCUAUGAGGUUAGAAAAGGAACACCUGGCUGCUCUGGAGAGAGAGGAGAAUGAAGAAAGACAAAGGAGGAAUAAUGCUCUUGCCAACCGGCCAACAAGUUAUGAUGUUAUCAGUGACCAAGAAAUGGUGGACAAAAUUUUUGGAUUUUUACCUUCCAUGAUUGGAGGCCAAGAAGGACAGGCUCCUCUGGGUUUUGAGGAUUUGGAAACGAAGCCGAACAGGCUGGAAGAGGUGGACCUGGACAUGAUUCCCAUGAGCAUGGAGCUGGAAGAAGAAGCAGACGGCUUGGCAGAAUACACCUUCCCAAAGUUUGCAGCUACCUAUUUCCAGGGGUCAUCUACACACACACACAUCCGGAAACCCUUGCGGCACCCACUGCUUUACCAUGACGACAAGGACAACGUCCUGGCUUCCCUGGUUGUGUGGGUCAUUAUCCUGCGGUUCAUGGGAGACCUGCCAGAGCCAGCAAUGUUUGCCAGGAGUGGCACCACCAAGAGCAGCUCUGUGAUGACACAGAUAUAUGACACACUUGGCAAGAAAAACCAAGUCCAGUUCAGGAGCAACAGCCCAAAUAUGGGAGACAACAGAAAGGAUAACAAGAUCUCCAAGGGGAUCUCUUCCCUGAAGCUGAAACGGUCCUCCAAGCUGACAGGGAAGGUAGCAAACCAGCUGAAAAGUGGAGAAGAGGCUUUCCAAGAGGAUAGCUCGAUCUCUGAGAGACCUAUGUCCAACCUUGAAAAAGUGCAUUUCAUUAUUGGCAAUGCAAUCCUGCGCCCUGCCAUCAGAGAUGAGAUCUAUUGCCAGAUUUGCAAACAACUCAGUGAAAACAGCAACAGGAGCAGCUACGCUCGAGGCUGGAUCCUUCUGUCCCUGUGCCUUGGUUGCUUUCCUCCUUCAGACACAUUUGUGAAGUACCGGCUGAACUUCAUCCACGACGGGCCCACUGGCUACGCCCCGUACUGCGCUGAGCGCCUGAGACGGACCUACGCCAACGGCGCGCGGAGCGAGCCGCCGAGCUGGCUGGAACUGCAGGCAACAAAGCAGAAGAAACCCAUUGUAUUUAAUGUCACUCUGAUGAAUGGCCAGAGCAUCACUGUCCCUGCAGACUCUGCUUCUAUUGCCAAAGAGAUCUGUCAGUUCAUAGCAGAUAAAACCAAGCUGAAGGAUGUGUUUGGCUUUUCACUCUACAUUGCUGUGUUUGACAAGGUCUGGUCGCUGGGUGGGGGACGAGACCAUGUCCUGGACGCCAUCUCCCAGUGCGAGCAGCUUGUGAAGGAGCGGGGCACCCAUGAACGUAAUGCUCCCUGGCGGCUCUACUUCCGCAAGGAAAUCUUCACCCCCUGGCACAACUGCCAGGAGGAUCCCUUCAGCACUGACCUCAUUUACCACCAAAUCAUUCGUGGCAUCCGGUUUGGAGAGUACCAUUGUGAGAAGGAGGAUGAUUUGGUGGAGAUAGGUGCAAAAUAUUGUUACAUCCAGUUUGGAGAUUCCAUCCACAAUGAGCUUGUGCAAAAAGUGCUCCAUGACUGUAUCCCAGUGAAACAGCUGAAGUCCAAGCCCCUGGAAAAGUGGGUGAGCCUUAUAACCUACGCACAUGCUAAGGCCCCGUACACACAGGACCGUGUUUCCCGUCAGACUGUGAAGGAACAGCUUGUGGAUUUUGCUCGCUUCCAGUGGCCUUUGCUUUUUUCUAGAUUCUUUGAAGUCACAAAGUUUUCGGGUCCCAGCUUGCCCAAGAACCACUUUAUAGUUGCCAUUAAUUGGAAAGGUAUCUACUUCUUGGAUGAGUCUGAAAAGCGGCUUCUUGAGCUGACCUUCCCAGAGAUAACUGGCAUCCACACCAACAGGGCAGUGAAAUCCUUUGGACAGAGCUGCACUCUCAUCACACUUCGUGGUGAGGAGUUUGUCCUGACAUCUGUCAACAGCGUCGUCAUUGCCGAGCUGGUGGUCAUGUUCCUAGAAGGACUGAAGAAAAGAUCACGAUUUGCUGUGGCAAUGCAAGAGAAAAAAACCCAAGAAGACCCUGCCAUCCUGCCCUUCAAGAAGGGAGACUUGCUAAUCCUCACGGAGGAUAAAAGGCUGGAUGCAAAUUCUGCCUGGAUCAGUGCCCAGAAUGAAAGGACAGGCAAAACAGGGAAUGUGUCUUUAGAAGAGAUCUACAUCAUUCCUUCUCUCACAAAACCAUCUAGUCAACUGCUGAGCCUGCUGCUGAUGUCUCCAGACCAGAGGAGGACAGCUUCCCAGAACUCCCACAUGGAGGAGCCUGACGAAGAGGACGUCAGAACGAGGCCGUACACUCUAGAGGAAUUCUCUUAUGAACACUUCAGGACUCCUGAGAAGGAAUCCAUUAGCAAGGCUGUUCUCCAGAAAUCCCGUGGACGCAGCCAGCUGUGGGCACAUUCCAAGGAGCCCUUGAAGCAGCCCUUGCUGAAGACAGCGUGCACAGAUGCUGAUCUCCGGGACCUGGCUUGUCAGGCCUUCAUCGCCAUCAUGAAGUUCAUGGGGGACUACCCCUCGAAACAGGCGCGCUCCUCUGCGGAGCUCACCGACCAGAUAUUCGUGGCAGCCAUUCAGGAGGAGGUUCUGCGGGAUGAGAUUUACUGUCAGAUCAUGAAGCAGCUGACCGAGAACAGGAACAGGUACAGCGUGAACAAGGGCUGGCAGCUCCUCUGGCUCUGCACUGGCCUGUUCCCACCCAGCAAGUCCCUGCUGAAACAUGCCCAGAAGUUCAUGGAAACACGUCAAAAAGAGACCCUGGCCCUGGAGUGCAGUCGCAGAAUUCAAAGGGUGAUGAGGAGUGGCUCCAGGAAGUGGGCACCUCAUCCUGUGGAGGUUGAUGCCAUCUUGCAGAACAACACUAAGAUCUCACUCAAGAUCUGCUUCCCCAAUGACACAGAGCAGGCAUUUGAUGUGGGAACAAACACCAAAAUCCGGACUCUGUGUCAGAACAUUGCUUCCAAAUUGCAGCUGGGCUCCUGGGAAGGUUUCAGCCUCUUUGUCAAGAUCGCAGACAAGGUGAUCAGUCAGAAUGAAGCAGACUACUUCUUUGACUCGCUGAGACAGGUGACAGAUUGGAACAGGAAGAACAAACUUGUGAAAGAUGGGGCUCCGGUGUCUCUGGCUUACGAGGUGUAUUUCAUGAGAAAGCUGUGGCUGAAUGUAAUUCCCGGGAAGGACCUGAAAGCAGAUUCCAUUUUUCAUUACCACCAGGAGCUGCCCAAGUACCUCAGAGGCUACCACAAGUGUUCCCGGGACGAGGCCGUGCAGCUGGCAGGGCUCAUUUACAAAGUGCGCUUCAACCAAGACCGCACGCAGCUGGCGGCCGUCCCCAAAAUCCUCAAGGAGCUGGUGCCAGACAACCUGCUGCGAGCAGCCUCACCAGAGGAGUGGAAGAAGAACAUUACUGCAGCGUACAACAAACACGAGGGAAAAACCGUGGACGAGGCCAAGGUUGCCUUCUUGAAAAUGGUGUAUCGGUGGCCAACAUUCGGAUCAGCCUUCUUUGAGGUCAAGCAAACCUCGGAGCCAAACUUCCCAGAGAUUGUGCUGAUUGCAAUCAACAAGCAAGGAGUCUCAGUAAUAAAUCAGAAGACAAAGGAUAUUUUAACAGUUUACCCCUUUAAUAAAAUCUCCAAUUGGAGCAGCGGGAGCACGUACUUUCAUAUGACUAUAGGAAACCUGGUACGAGGAAGCAGGAUCUUAUGUGAGACAUCUCUGGGUUACAAAAUGGAUGACCUGCUAACGUCCUACGUACGCCUGCUCAUGAAUGCUGUCAACAGGCAGAAGAACCUGCCGGCCUGA